AGGAUCAGUAGUUGACAGACAGACGUGUAUAAAGAGCCCAGUGGUCACGGGCUACUGCUGCUUUUUUGGCUGAGAGCUCAGAGCCCGGUACUCUCACCAACAGAGAUUGAGCUGCAGAAAGAAGGGGUGGGCUCAUUGGAGUGGCAGGUGAUGUGUCCAAUGGAAGCCGACCGUGUACAGCCCUAUAUGUAAAGAGCAGCGGAGGCAUCUGGAUGUGGACUCCAUAGAGCUGUGAGAAGCCGGGGAGACCAGAGCUCAGCGCUGCCACAAUCCCAUACAGAUUGUCCUGCCUGCUCUUAGCGCUCACUUGCAUCACUCUGUCCAAUGGGAUCCCUCCGCCGAGCAGCUUGGCCGGACUAAGGAGAGAGCCUGGCGCAAGUAGGGGCUAAGUUUUCCAGUAGGUCCGGCAGCAGCAAUGUGUGAGCAGCGAGGGAAGAUGCCCGGGCGCGCUGAGGGGAGACUAUGGAAUGCGCUGCCCCCGCUAUGAUCCUGCAGCUGCAACAGUUGUGCGACUUCUUGCUCCAGUAGCUCCAGUGUGGCCUCCAGUAGGAUGAAAGUGUUCCGCAGGAAGGCGGUGAUUCUGUGCCUGGGCUACAUUCUGCUGCUGGUUCUCACUAUGCUCAACCUGAUGGACAAGUGGCACAAGGAGCCGCAGCAGUGCAACGAGCAAGUGCGCUACACCCCCUACCAGACCCGCUCCGAUAUCCGCUAUCUGUACCGGACCUCCCCGCCCAAGAAGCGGCAGCUGCUCUACGUGUUCACUACGUGGCGCUCGGGCUCGUCCUUCUUCGGGGAACUCUUUAACCAGAACCCCGACGUCUUCUUCCUGUACGAGCCCGUGUGGCACGUGUGGCAGAAACUGUACCCGGGAGAUGCCAUGUCGUUACAGGGGGCGGCCCGGGACCUGCUCAGCGCCCUCUACCGGUGCGACCUGUCCGCUCUGCAGCUUUAUAACACGGCCGGGGCCAAGAACAUCAGCACCCUGGGAAUAUUCGGGGCGUCCACCAACAAGGUCAUCUGCUCGUCCCCUUUCUGCUCGGCUUACAGCAAAGACACGGUGGGGCUGGUGGAUGACAAAGUGUGUAAGAAGUGUCCCCCCCAGAGCCUGAGUCUGCUGGAAGAUCAGUGCCACAAGUACAACACCAUCGUCAUCAAAGGGGUCCGGAUAUUUGACAUUAACGUGCUGGCUCCGCUCAUGGAAGACCCCUCCUUGAACCUGAAGGUCAUUCACUUAGUCAGGGACCCCCGCGCAGUCGCAAACUCACGCAUCAAGUCCAGGCAUGGCCUUAUAAGGGAAAGUCUGCAGGUGGUCCGGAGCAGAGACCCCAGGAUCCGUAGGGUUCCCUUCAUAGACCCUGGGCACAAACUCAACAAAAAGGAUGGCUCAGACUAUCAUGCUAUAGGGGCCAUGGAGGUGAUCUGCAGUAGCAUGGCCAAGACCCUCAGGACGGCUUUAAACCCACCCAGCUGGCUCAAGGAUAACUACAUGGUGGUUAGGUAUGAGGAUCUGGUGGUGGAUCCCGUAAAGACUUUAAGGCAAGUCUAUGGCUUUGUCAAUCUUUCAGUAAGUCCAGACAUAGAGAGGUUCUGCCUGAACAUGACCAGUGGUCCCGGCUACUCCUCCAAACCUUUUGUGGUCUCCGCUCGCAAUGCUACCCAGGCUGUGAGUGCAUGGAGGACUCUGCUCACCUACCUACAGGUCAGGCAGGUGGAAGAGUACUGUCAGAUCCCCAUGGAUAUUUUAGGCUAUGAGAUGGUCAAAAGCCAAGAAGAGGUGAAAGAUCUCAGCAAGCCAUUACUUAGGAAAUCCUUGCUAUAAGGAGUCUCUAUAUGGGUCAUGGGACACGUCGCCUGCAAAACCAGAUAUUUCAUGUAACUGUUAUCCUCAACUCUAGGAUGGUCUCCUUUGUCCAUGGCAUUUUCCUCUGGUAUUUUUAUCUGUAUUGAGCCCUGCAGUGGAUCUGUGCGGCUGCUAGAAUAAAUACCUUCAAAUGGGAACUAUCACAAAAAAUUAAUUAAUUAAUAUAAGCUUCAGCAUACUGAAAUAAGAAUUCUAAAUACAAUCAACUCAA